ACACCACUGCCACGCCUUAUCUGAGAACUUCGCCCACCUGCUCCAAACCCCCGAAACCCCAAACCCAAAGGCGAUCCAUGGCGGCGGCGGGUUGGCUCCGGCGUGCUGCUGCUGCGGCGGUGCCUCGCCUGCCUUCUGGCCUUCCCCUCAUACCGCCUCCUCCCCCUGCCCCUCUAGCCGAGGUGCAGUCGCUCAUGGUCCCAGGCCUCGGCGCCGCCGUGGGACCCGCCAUGGAGCUUAUGGCCGUUCCUAAGAAGAAGGUCUCCAAGUACAAGAAGGGCUUGAGGAAUGGACCCAAAGCCCUAAAGCCUGUCCCAGUAAUUAUCCGUUGCAGGUGUUGUGGCCGUGUGAAACUACCUCACUUCUACUGCUGCAGCGGAGAAAGAGGAAACCCCGGCGAAUCAAGCUCAUAAAUGUUUGGGUUUUCCUACUUUAGUUUGUGCGCCAAGCUAUGUCUGAACUCUGGAUAUCGUAAUACCAGCAACCAAAGUUCUCACAUCUCGUCUAAUUAUUGUACAACUUACUGUAGCUUGGAUUUCAUAGUAUCAUUUCAAACUUUUAUCUGCUAGUGGAAAGGGUGGGGCCCGUUAUUGUAUUACUCCCAUUCACUGCGUUCGGCAGGCUGGAGCUGGAGGCUAGAGCUGGAGUGGUGCGAGAGAAAAAUACUGUUGGGCUGGCUGGAGCUGGAGCGGUGUGAGAGAAAAGUACUGUUCGGCUGGAGCUGGAGCAACAAGCCAAACGCAGUGAUUGUCUUUAGAACCAUUCUGUCAAGCUGCUAUCAGUUUGCCACCUUUUUCCUGAGCAUUUGUUUGCCUUAUGCUGUAAUCGUCAGAAACUGGAAAAAAAUAUUGCCAAUAAUUCACCAUUUCA